AUGGACCGAAGAAGCCGUAAUAGUGUCGACGUAGACGAAUUCCUCGUGGAUACCUCUGAGAGCAACAGGAGCAUCGGCGAUAACUUCCUCAGUGUCCGUUCCGGCUGUGCGGAGGACGACGACGAUACCGUCGCAAUGAGUGGGAGUGUACGAUUUGAAGAAGAUGGCUUUAAAGACUUUCGCCGGAGACGGUGCAUCGAUGACGACUCGUCCCAGGAAGAGGAGGCCGACGAAAAAGACGAUGAGGAAGCCCUGGUUGAUGUUGAUAAUGCCUGGGAUAAUGACAGUACCAACUGGGAUGGAGAAGAAGAUGAGAGCUGCAGUUCUGCUGAAGCCAAAGAAGCAGCCAUUCGACAAGGCCUUUGGGAUUGGAUAGUACAUCGAUACAAAAAUGAUCUCUUCCAGCAAUUUCUGGCAACUAUUGCGGCUUGCUACGAAUUUGUGGUCAAAGUGUUGAAGAAGUGUAUCCGUGGCGGUGAAGAAGAGCCUGCAGGCGAUGCUGUCGAUGCUGCCAAGGAAGUGAUGGAAAUAGUGGAUAUUUCUGCCAGCAACCAAAUGGGUUCGUCGUCCAUGGGUCAUAGUAGUACCGGUGGAGGAGCUGGAGCCUCUGGGACUACUGCCGCCAGUGUUGCUUCUGGUGUUGGCGCAACGCAGGUGUCGGUAACGGUAGUUGGUCAGAUGGCCACUCAAGCUGCAACCAGUGCGGCUGGUGCUUCUGCAGCGUCAACCGCAGCUGCUGCGAGUGUCAGUGCUGCUGCUGUGGCAACAGCAGCAAGUGCCGUAGCCUCUGUAGGGGUUGUGUCUCAAGUGGGCAUUACAGUGGGAAUUGUGGUGGUAACGGCAGCUGCUGUGAGUGGUGGUGUGGCCAUUAAGUCAGCUGUCAACAAUGAUUCCAACACAACCGCUGCCCCUGUAGUUGUGGACAAGGAUCCUUUUGUGCCGCAAAAUUGUUCCACAUCCUCUAAACUAAAACGAGGGUUCGUUGAACUGAAGGUACAAGGAAUGCCAGAAGAUGCCUUGCCCAAACACCAGGACAAACUAGAACUGCUCUUUAGAGACCUCUACAAUAAUAUUACAGGAAUGUGCUUGGACCCAUAUUCACGCGUCUUGCACAGAGCUGAUCUUAUAGACUGGAGCACUGAAGACAGUGUGGUUUUCUUGGAUGGUGCCGAUAAUGGUCGGCAUUUGCAGCUGCAAGCAACCUUUGACAUAUCCCAGUUCUUUCCCCUGUUUGCUGCAUCCUUUGGUUUCACUAUAGAGCCAGUCCUGUUUGAGGAGAGCAGUGACACUGAGGCAUCGCACAGCAGAGCCCCCAUGCAGGUUGUGUUUGCUACUACAAAAGUGUCCCCUGAUAGAAGUAAUGGCGACAGUACAGAAGCAAUAAUCAGUUCCAUUGGCCAGGACACAAUUCAGCCAUUUAUAGACAGAGUGGAAGAGAGCGAAGGAAUCAUCAUAUUGCCAUUCAUCUCAGACGAGUUAUCAUCUCUUGCAAAGUGCUUGUCAGAUGCUGAUAUUGAUGAGGAAUUUGAGGAGUCUGCUCUGUGCAAAGAGCUACAGCAGAUGAUUGCCAAGGACGACACUGAUAACUCCGCCAUUGACAGAGAAGCACUUGCCGCUUGUUUGCAGGCUCCGAGUAAUCCAGGCUGUCAAGAAGUCUUGGGUACUGCAUUGGAAACUGUCGCUGACAUCACCAAUUUGGAAGGCACUGAUCGGCCACCAGCCAAUGUUGACGGUUCAAGUGAAUCAGGGAAUGAAGAACCUGAGGCUGGACCCAAUGAAAUGGCCGACAUUGGGAUGAGUCCAGCUGCUGGACCCUCAUUUCUCCUUGAUGAAGGUGGAAGCAUUUUUGACACCAACAGCAAUGGACGUCCAGAAGCAAUGGUACCAGCGAUGCCGGCAGCUCCUAGUCAGCCAAACUCUGUUGCAUCUGAUGCUGAUCAGCAGUCAAUCCCAACUGUCUUGACACCAUCUGGACCAAGUCAAUCUGCCAUGAAUAUCAAUCAACUACCACCUAGCCCUGGUUUGGCCCAGUCACAGGGUAGCAUUUCAAUUGUCAGACCAACCAUGCUACCAUCCACUUCAGUCCCAAUCAAUUUGCCCCCAACUGCUUUCACCAAUGAAGCACUCCCCCCCUUGCAAGCUCCAACUCCAGAAUCCAUAACCCAACCCAAUGCAGCCCCAUCACCUCGAAACGCUCCUGUGUCUUCCAAUGGUGCCCCCAUGCAGUCAGAAGCAAAGCCUACACCUGCUCAAUCCAUUGUUACACCAACAGCUGCCUUGUCGCCUACCAAGCUGGCUUCCACCACUCUAUCUUCUGAUACAAAAAUUGGACUUUUGGCAUUUCCAAACAAUGGUGGCUCCCGUCCAACAGCGCAAGCUGUCCAAGGUCCUGUAGCAACUCCAACAGUUGUGACAUCUCUAUCACCAGUGACUUCAAUGGGACUCAACAGGUUCGCAAAUGAUCAUGGUUUUCUUUCUGAGCAGGCACCAGGUGCUCCCACAGUGUCAAUCCCAGCUGCCCUAGGUUCUCCCCCAAUGUCAAUCCCGGCCGUCCUAUCAGUAGGAGUACCAAAACGUGGUGUAUCCAUAGUAUUAGUACCUACGACCCAGAAUCCAACAACUUUGCAACCAACAGGAACACCUACUGCGCUACCCACAAAAGUGCCAACAAUGGAACCAACAGACGCACCAACCGAUUUGCCCACAACCACUGAAGAGCCAACCUUUCGACCAACAUUUGAGCCAACCGUGGAACCCACGGUGGAGCCAACCAUGGAUCCCACCCUUGAACCAACCUUUGAACCCACCGUGGAGCCAACAGGUUUUCCCACCAUCCUACAAACUCGAGCACCCACUCUAGAACCAACCAUUCAGCCUACACAAGAACCCGCUGCUGUUCCAUCAAUGCAUCCCUCCAUUUCUCCAAGCAUUGCGUGUGGUGAUGUGUUUGUCGAUGUUGAAAACAAUUAUUAUGUGGUCUUCUCGGGCAAUAUGGAUGCUCUCUCUGAUGAAGUUUUGGUAGACACCAACAAGUUCUCCCAGUGGUGUGCCCAGUGGCCUCCCAUCUACAUCACCAUCCCAAGAUCCUUCAAGUUUGCCAUCUCUACGUCCCUCAUUAAAUCCGUCUAUCCCUCCUUCCACUCUUCCAUCCGAGAUUCUUUCAAACGGCCCUUCCCAAAAUCCGUCUCCAAAUUCUUCAAUGAAUACAUCAUCUGUACCAUCAGCACUGCCUUCAAUCCUUCUGUCCUUGCUUCCGUCCAGUAUUCCUUCAACCAGGCCUUCUGUUGCCCCAUCUGUCCUUCCCAGCUUGUCACCCUCACGAAUUCCUUCUUCAAAUCCAACAAUGUCUCCCUCACAGAAUCCAACAAAAAUCCCAACUAA